AGGGGGCGCCAACUAGAUUCUCUGGCAAAAAAGUCGGGCACACCGAAUUGGUUAAAUGUAGAUCUUGGCUCUUUUAGCAUUAUUUCUGUGAAGAAGCACCAUAAUUCAAAAAGUGAAGUAUUACCGUGAUCUACCUGUGCGUGAAUUAAUCGCUAUGUAUUGAAUAACCUAUCAAAAAUCGAUAUAAGACCGAUUCUUUUUCGUGCAAUAGUGUCAUGAGACUUAGCUUAUGUAACACAUUUCUCUGAAAAUAACCUUUUGAACACAACUAGCGUUUGUUUACCUCACAUAAGGGUAAUCUAAAUCACCAUGUUGCGACGGUGCUCUAAAAACCUACAGACCAUAUACCGGAGGCAGGGGCAAGCCUUUCGGUGCCGGUCAACUGAAGUGCCCAAGAUCUAUGGAGCGAUAUCCACGCGUCUAGCCAAGCCCAGGGUCCUCACCGCCCACAACCAAAUCGCUUCCAUUCAUUUCACAAACCCCCUCCUAGCAGAACAGGAUGUCAUGACUCCCAGCUUCCCAGACUCCGUCUCUGAAGGUGACGUGAAGCUCGACAAGAAAGUAGGCGACUCUGUAGCCGCUGACGAAGUCGUAUUGGAAAUCGAAACUGACAAAACCGCCAUCCCUGUCAUGGCGCCCGACCACGGUAUUAUUAAGGAGCUGUACGUAAAGGAUGGAGACACAGUUAAAGCUGGACAAAAGUUGUUCAGAAUUGAGAUUACAGGCGCUGCGCCUAAAAAGGCAGCUGCUGCAGCUCCCGAACCGCCUAAAGCGGAAGCUCCUCCACCACCACCUAAAGUGGAAGCCGCUCCUCCAACACCACCACCAGCAGCUGCUGCUCCUCCUCCACCCCCUCCCCCUCCACAGGCUCCUCCCCGACCAGCUCCACCCUCAGGAGGCCCAAUCUCCUCCAUUCCUGUAGCAGCUAUCCGCCACGCGCAAGCUAUCGAAACUGCCUCAGUUAAAGUACCUCCCGCGGACUAUAGCAAAGAAAUUGUUGGCACGCGAAGCGAACAGCGCGUCAAAAUGAACCGCAUGAGACAGAGGAUCGCGGAACGUUUGAAGCAGGCGCAAGACACGAACGCCCUAUUGACGACUUUCAACGAAGUCGAUAUGUCCCACAUCAUGGCUUUCCGCAAGAAGAAUCUGGAAGCCUUCACCAAGAAGUUCGGUGUUAAACUCGGUUUGAUGUCUCCGUUUGUAAAAGCCGCAGCAAGCGCGCUCCUCGACCAACCAGUUGUGAACGCAGUGAUCGAUGGCAACGAAAUAGUUUACCGCGAUUAUGUCGACAUAUCCGUAGCUGUCGCUACACCAAAGGGCUUAGUCGUGCCCGUGAUUAGAAACGUCCAGAACAUGACGUACGCUGAUAUUGAGUUGACGAUCGCUCAAUUAGCAGAACGCGCGAGAACCGGCAAGCUAACCAUCGAAGAAAUGGACGGUGGUACUUUCACAAUCAGCAACGGUGGAGUCUUUGGCUCGCUCAUGGGCACGCCUAUUGUGAACCCCCCACAAUCAGGAAUUCUAGGAAUGCACGGUAUCUUCGAGAGGCCAAUUGCUCUCAACGGCCAGGUUGUUAUCCGACCAAUGAUGUACAUAGCUCUGACCUACGACCACAGGUUAAUCGAUGGUCGUGAAGCUGUCCUCUUCUUGAGGAAAAUCAAACAAGGCGUCGAAGAUCCCGCGUCCAUUGUCGCCGGACUUUAAACACCAACCAGCUAUCUAAAACCUUAGAUGCACAUUUAAACAGGAAAAUGCUUGAUAACAACCAGAUGAACAUAAUUUUGAACACAAACUAGAUUAAGUAUCAUAUUUUUUUAAUUACAUCUUAUAGAGCGAAUUUAAAAUAGUGCGCUCUUUCUGCGAUAUGUUUGUGUGUCUAUGGUUUUUUGUUACCAGUUUAAGAGAUCGAUUUUUGACGCGGUUUUUGAGGGUAGUUUGAUCAAAUCAUGUAAAUCUAGUUGCCUCAAAUGAUUGCGUUCGCGUUUGUAUUUAUUUAUACGUCCGUCUGCGUAUUGUAUUAUUUAUCAUGUAAUAAGUUAUAAUAAAGUACAUUAUGAUCCUA